GUCCUGCUUCUCCAGUCGGCCGCAGCUCUCCGUCCCUCCGCCACGCUGCGAUGAAACACAAGUGGCUGCGAGAGAAAGAAAAAAAGGAACCCCAAAAACAAACAAUUGAGAUUUUCAUAAAUAUUCUUAAUUAGUAACAAGCGUCGAGGAAGUACAGCUGAUGGAAGCGACUUCUUCCAUGGAUUUUUCCCCCGAGGUUACAAGCGCUCAAACCAGCGGCGGAGGAAGAACGCCUUCAGAGGAGGACAGGAGCCAAUCAGCCGAGGCGAAUCAAAGAUAAACAAGCCUUAUGAUAAAGCAAACUCUGAAGACGCUUUAUUUGUCAGCAUCUCAGUGGCAAUGCUUUGAAGUAUAUUAUCAGUCACUCAGGGCUGCCUCUGAGGGUUUCUGCCUCCAUUGUCUACCAGCCGGAGGUGGGAUCAUCGCACCUCAGUGCACCCGUGGCAGCCGGGGUUGAAGGUUAGCCUCAGCAGAGGUUCCUGCAGAUUAUUGGCCAGCAGGAUAAUCCAGGCUGCCUGCCUGCCCAGUGAGCUAUCAUGCUAGCCUGUAUCCAGAGACAGCAGAACUUCUCCUCACAGCAUUUGGCAUGCACACCGAAAAGCUUCGAUGUUCCGCCGUCGUCUCUAUUGCUCCCAGUCCCGCCACCUCAAUCGUGCACCCGGAAAGGAGAGCCUGGCACCAGGAUCUCUCGGUACCCGUCUCCUGCAGAGUUGGAUGCUUUUGCUCAGAAAACCGCCAACAGCCCGCUCUCCAUAAAAAUCUUUCCAUCUGACGUACGGGUGCCACAACACAAGCAGCUUAACAAAACUGUGAAUGGCUUGGACACCACCGGACAUCGUUACAGUCCCUACUGCCAGCCUAACUCAGGAGGCUACCAGGGCUUGUUGGCCAUCGUCAAAGCCUCAGUGGCGGUCAAAGGUGUUGUGAAAAAUUCUGAGGGCAGGAGGACUAAACAUAAUAACUCUCAGACGGCACCAUAUAACAAUCCCCUGAAUAAUAGCUGCACAGUCAGACACGGGCAUGAGGCCUAUAACACGGGUUCAUGUAAGCCCACAGAUUUACCUGUUGAAGCACUUUGUUCUACUGCAGGAAUGGCCUCCAAAGAUCAGAGCCUGGCCUCCCAGCCGGAGCUGGCAGAGGUUCAAAGCCUGAUGAGGCGGAUGAGCAGAGUUCCUCACAGCCAGGUCCCGCAGCUGGGGGGGGUGGCUCAGUUCAGCCCCUCGCUGCAGGCUGUAGCUGCAGUGGCGCAUUCAGGAUCAGGCUUGGUCUUUGGAGUGCCGCCUCAGAGCAGCCGGGCCUUUCCAGGAGCAGUUCUACCUACACAGCAUGCAGACGUGACCAAAACUGGAUACUUUGAGAGGGAAGACUACACGAUGUGGCAGCCCUAUCAGCAGGAAGCGUUGAGGAUGUACGGUAUGAGUAAUGGAACUCAGACCUGCAGAACAGCAGAGGCCGGGGUCGGGUCUCCUGAAACCUGCCUCCCUUUACCGGGCUCAUCACAGCUGCCUUACAGGCAGAACCUUGGAAAUGUUGGUGCUGUCGUGCAGAAAGAGCAGGCUAUCAAACAGUACUUCGCUCCCCUCUGGGACAACCGGAGCAGCGAUGUUUACUCCUCUCAGGUGUUGGGAACGACUACUUGUGCAUCCAAGCCCAGACAUGUGGAGGUGUCCCAUCCUCAUCUUCACCCAAACUGCCAUCAACCAAACCAGCUCCAUCCACCUGUCCCUCCCCAUCAUCCUAAUCAACACUACCAUCAUCUUCAUCAUCAGGCUCAAGCCUACAGCGCAGAGCACAACCUCUCCUGUGGGCUACCGGCUUUCAGCCUGUGCCACACUGCAGUGCUCAGCAGCAGCCUGCAGUCUCUGGAGUGCCUCAUCAGUGAGAUUCAGCCUCCCUGCAUCAAAGAGCGCAUGCUGGGCCACGGGUACGAAGCCAUGGUGGGGAUGCCUCAUCUGCUGGAGCAUCAACAGGACAUGCAGCUCCCCGUCUACAUAUAAAGGGGUGCUCUGGAACAUUCAAUAAAUACGCAAGCCUUUUUAGUUGUGCAUGUAUUUGUAGAAGGCUGUGUGUUUCACAGGUUUACUCUACAGAUUCUUCUAUUUUUGGCUUCCGUUGAUUUAACAAUAAAGCUUCACAUUUUUUAUUUGCCUUUACAAAUACUAGAAAAGCAAUCUGAGAGCGUAGAGUCCCGCCAAUCACCUAAUUUUACUCCAUUGUAACCUACACCUAAGGCUAAACCUCACAAAUAAUCUGGAUCAUUACCAAACGUUCCGCUCUCACCUUUUUCAUUCCCUCUGCUUUCUUGUUUGAUCAGUAGACUUUGACUUUGAGUCUUUCCUGUGUUUCCGUCUUCAAUAUAAUUCUGGACUUUUUUGAGUCCGAUGUUGAAGCUGUCAAUAGUCACUGCUGCCACCCUCUGGUUUAGGGAGGAACUGCUUGUUCUGCUAAAUAACGUUAAAGAAUCCAUCUGGAUUAUGAUGUGGAUCAUCAUCAAAAUUUAAUGGAUUGUUACUUGGACUGAGGUGUAAGAAUUUAGUUAAAGUUCAUACAUAACUUUAAGUUAUCCUAUAUACACAGACGGACAGAGAAAAAAACUUGACUAAAAACAUAACCUCCUUGGCUGAGGUAAUAAUUAGGGGCACCGAUUUGAAAAAGGAAGUAAUUCCAGGAUCUCUCACUGUUUUGUCAGAAUAUUUUAUGUUUUUAACUUGUUAAAAGUUGUGGUUAUUUUUUGGGGGAAACUGCUCUGCCCUGCCAUCAAACCCUCUGAAGUAAUCAAGUGUUUUUUCACUAUGAAAACAGCUAGCAAUGCUUUCAUGGAGAAAUGUUGCUUAAAAGCAUUGUAUGUUUUUUUUUUUUUUUUGAGCAACAAAUGUUUUGCCUCUUUUAUGUUUUAUGGAAAUGUGUUAUUUCAAUCAGCAAUGUUGAAUUCAGGCUCAGACAGAUGCACCCUUUGGAGGGAUUUUUUUAAAACUGAUUUAAAAGCAAAUCUUUGGAAUGAACAUUUUUCUUUCUCCUUAAGACCAUACGACUGUUUCCCAUGCGGAACUGUUUGACUGUAGGCUGCCUGAAUCAUUUCCUGUUUUCUUCUUUGCAGGGCUAUAAUAUCUCCAAUGGCUUAAAAUGUAUGAGUGAGAAGUAUUUCAUCUGUCUGCAACAGUUUUGUGAGACUAUUUAUUUCUGUCCACUUGGUGGGUUAUGGCAAACUGUCUUUAUAAAUAUAAAGUGCAAUUACUAUAUAUGGACAUGUGAGUUAUCUUCAUGAAUUAUGUUGAUGAAAUAACUACUUUUUGAAAUGUAUCACCCUAAUCAAACACCCUUUUUGUCUCUUCUUAAGGAGGAUUGUCAAGUAAAUAAAUUUUUAAAAACCC